AUGUCUGUGAUCGGCGUCUUCACCAAGGGGCGGGCAACGGGGCACCCUUCGGUGGUGUCGGUGCUGCGCUACAUCCCGCGCGCGCGCGUGCCGUGGCAGCCGAGCCGCUUCGGUCGCGAGAACCUCGCUGACGACGACAUGGCGCAGCUCUGGGGCACGGGUCGCUACCGCACCGGGCCUGGUAACUACAACAGCGGCUACAGCACCAAGAAGACACACACGCUAGAGGACAACACCAUCAGCAUAAUCCCGAAGCAUGAGCUGGAGAAGUUCAUGCCGGAUAUCUCGCUAGGGUCGAAAGCGCUCGUGACGCCGGUCUCGUUGAUGAACGCCCGUAACGGCCACCGCGUCACCCACGACCUCAUCCACUCCUACGACCCGUACAUUGGCCGGCUGCAGAGACCCGCGGUGGUGGACCACGACAACGUUACUGUGGAAGACCCGAACCGUGUCGGCCUUAAUGCCGCCACACUGGACUGCCGCGCCCGCAUCUACCGCUGGCUCCGUCGCGGCCCGUUCUUUCAGGAGGACAACUACUUCCGACGCUCGACAAAGCUGCAGCGCAACGGCCCAGUUCCGGUCUCCGUGCACGAAGUUCCGCUAAUGAAACGAAUUAUCCGCCUCGCCCGGGGGGGUCAUCUGAAGGCGGCGUGCGAGGAAUACCGGCGCGUGACGUCGGUGCCGCCGGUGGAUGUGUAUCGCGCGCUGACGGCUGCUUGCAUCCCUGGCGCCAAGCUGGCGGAUGCGAUUGCCAUCUUUGAAGAUGGCAACUCGCGGCUCUUUUACGUCGCGCGAGAUGGAGAAGUGCUGCAUAACGUGCUGCGCUGCGCCAUCCGCGCAAAGCACCGCGUGCGGGUGAUGUGGGUGUACAACGUCAUGGUGGGCCGCCGCUACGAGAACGUCAUUGUAAGGGCAGAGGUAGACGUGAUCUGGCGCUACCGCAUCGCGAGUUUGGCGCUGGAGUACCUGCUGGACAACAACGCCGGCGAGGAGGCGCGCGUCGUGUACGACUACCUCGUCGAGAACAAGUUGGUGGACUGUGACCUGCACGUGCGACUCGGCCACGUCAUACAGCAAGCGCUCAAGGAGGGGAAGACAGUGCACGUGCAGCAGGAUGCCCUCGACGGUAUGGCGUUAUCGCGGAAUGUGGUGGCUGUAGCGCCGCAGGUGGCCGUCGCGCUAUACGCACGGUAUCUGGAGAACAUGAAGGAGGGCGCGGCCUGGACGGACGCGCGCGGCUUACCGCUGACAGACCCAACCAAGACAGACGCGGACACCAAUGGCGCUGCAGCGGUCGCAUGGAUGAAGGCGGCUUUCCCAGAUAUCGAUCCCGCCGCGGUGCUGCGCCUCGCUCGCUUCCGGCGCAGCUCGAAGGAUCUCAUGGCGAAAGACAGGUCCGUCUACGUGCAGCGUGCGGCACAGUGGGUGGAACUGCUCAGCUCGGCACACCAGGCCCGCGAGGAGGUCCCACUUACGUACCUACGUAAGUCACGCCCAUCGAUUACCAACCCGAACGUGCGAGUGGCGUGGCUGCCGGAGCGGCAGCGCGCGCACGCGCUGCUCGCCAGCGAUGAAGGUUUCAAGUUUGCCUACAGCGGGCCGCAGACCCGCUUUGUGGAGGAAACGUUUGCGUACGCCGAGAACACGCUGCAGAGUCGCUACCUUGCGCAGCAGCCCGUUCACACGGAAGUGACAGCGAGCGUGGCCCUGGGUGCAGCGGCGCUUGCGGUUGACAGUAGCAGCGGCAGCGCAGCACCUCACAUUCCGGGGUCACCGGCAGUAUCCCGAAUCCUACACACCUCUGUCCUCGUUGAUGGGUCGCUAAGCGGCAGCAGCGGUAGCGGUAUUGCGGCGCUGCGUUCUGGAGGCAGCGAGUCUGUCAAGGCAACGGCGAGCCCUACAGCGGGCAUCAGCGGUCGACCGUCGUCAACGAACGGUAGGGCUGACUUGGACGACGCACACUUCUAG